UUUGAUGAUCUUCGUUGGUGCUUCGGCGAAAUGCAAUGCGAGGUUCUAGCGGCAGCCUGCGGCGAUGGAAUAAGUAAAUACAUCUUGUGCUUUACUUCCGGACGCCUAGCGGAGUAGUGUGAGUCGUGGGGAUGAGUCGUGAGUGGUGGGGGUGUCGGUUGCGCGGCAAUGCACACCUCGUUAUUGGACUCGGAAUUCACGCACGAUGGCAGGCAGGCAAGACGUGGGCCCGCCCCAACCAGUGCUCUGGUCAUCAUGGAACUCUAUCCCCAAUCCCAAAUCCCCUCCUCACCCUCGCACGCAAGCCAGUCUAGCCCCCAGUUCUCACGAUGUUAGCCUCCGCCCUCCGCCGAAGCUCGAGCUCGAACUCGGUACCAGUGCGCUCCGCGCUGCGCCAGUGUCGGCGGCUCAGCUCAACGACACCUCCUCCACCCACUAGGGCGACGAGAUGGAGCACGCCGACCGUCUUUACGCUGGCGGCAGUAACCGGCGGCGCAUCCAUUGCAGGCUGGGAAUACUACCGCUCCUCCACCACCGGAGCAGGCGCGAGCUCGAGGGUGGCCAGCAAGCUCCUUGCGCUGCCACAGUACGGUACUGCUGGUGACAUGAUGAAGGCGGUCUCGGAGAUCCGCGCAGUCCUGGGCACCGACGCCGUGAGCACCGACGACGACAUCCUACAUCUGCACGGCUACAGCUCGUGGAGCACAAUCAACGUGGACCGCCUUCCCAUCGCCGUGGUCUACCCGCGCAACACCAACGAGGUCGUGGCCACCGUCAAGCUGUGCCAUAAUUAUCGUGUGCCUAUGAUUCCGUUCUCUGGCGGAAGCAGUCUGGAGGGGAAUUUUGCGGCGCCGCAUGGCGGGAUGAGUAUCGAUUUCUCGCAUAUGGAUCAGGUUGUGAAGUUUAACGAGGAGGAUAUGGAUAUCGUCGUGCAGCCUGCCGUUUCCUGGAUGGGCCUCAACGAGCAGAUUAAAGACUCGGGAUUGUUCUUUCCGGUGGAUCCGGGGCCCACGGCGAAAAUAGGCGGUAUGGUUGGGACGAACUGCAGCGGGACGAACGCGGUCCGCUACGGCACAAUGAAAGACUGGGUAAUCAACCUCACGGUGGUGCUCGCCGACGGUACUGUUAUCAAGACCCGUCGUCGCCCGCGCAAAUCCUCCGCCGGCUACAACCUCAACGGGCUCUUCGUCGGCUCCGAGGGCACACUCGGAUUAGUCACUGAGAUUACGCUGAAGCUGGCGGUGAUUCCGCAGCAGACUACCGUCGCCGUGGUAACGUUCCCGACCAUCCGCGACGCCGCCGGCGCCGCGUCACGAGUGCUGAGAGCGGGAGUGCCCGUGGCCGCGAUGGAGAUAAUGGACGAUGUGCAGAUGAUGGUUGUCAACAAGGCCGGGUCGACCGGACGGGUGUGGAAGGAGGUGCCCACGCUGUUCUUUAAGUUCUCGGGGACCAAGGCGGGAGUGCUGGAUAACAUCUCGACGGUCAAGGAGAUCGCAAAGCGACACAAGGCGGGCGACUUCACGUUUGCAAAGAGCGACGACGAGGCGAAGAGACUGUGGAGUGCGCGCAAGGAGAGUUUGUGGAGCAUGCUCGCGCUCAGGAAGACAGGUGAGGAGGUGUGGAGUACGGAUGUGGCAGUGCCGAUCAGUCGGUUGGCUGAUAUCAUCGAAAUCUCGAAAAAGGAACUAGACUCUCUCAACAUGUUCGCCAGCAUCCUGGGACACGUCGGCGACGGAAACUUCCACGAGAGCAUAAUGUACGACAAGCAGAAUCCCGAGGAUGUGGCGCGGAUAGAGAAGGUGGUGCACGCCAUGGUCGAUAGAGCGCUCGAGAUGGAGGGAACUUGUACGGGCGAGCACGGCGUGGGACUCGGCAAGAAGGGGUUUCUCAAGAAGGAACUCGGUGCAGAGACGCUGGGGGUUAUGAGGACGGUUAAGGCCGCGUUGGAUCCUCUGUGGUUGCUGAAUCCCGGGAAGAUCAUUGAUGCUGAUCCGGCAGAGACGUAGGGCGGCGUUGUAUAUAUCCAUUUGUAAACUCCUAUAUGUGGGUUUGGUUUUUGCCGUAAGAAUGAUCUUGCAUGGGUGAUAUUUGAUGAACAUCGUCGAGUGGCGUGUCGGGGGUUGGCCACAAUCGACGUCAAGUACAGACCCAAGCCAC